UGCAUCCUCGCAGGCAGUUGCUGGUGUCGGGAGUCUUUCGGAACAGGCAGCGCCGGACGGGUCAAUGCCAGCCGGAUGAUGACCAGUUGUGGCCAGCGGUCCCGGAACGUGCUCGCAGUAUUCUCUCUGUUGUUUCCCGCAGUCCUGUCUGCACAUUUCCGGGUUUGUGAGCCUUACACGGACCACAAAGGCCGCUACCACUUUGGCUUCCAUUGCCCCCGGCUCUCAGACAACAAAACCUUUGUCCUCUGCUGUCACCAUAACAACACGGUCUUCAAAUACUGCUGCAACGAGACGGAGUUCCAGGCGGUCAUGCAGGCAAACCUUACGGCCGGCCCCGAGGGCUACAUGCACAACAACUACACGGCACUGCUGGGAGUGUGGAUCUACGGCUUCUUCGUGCUCACACUGCUGGUCCUGGAUCUGCUCUAUUAUUCCGCCAUGAACUACGAUAUUUGCAAGGUUUACCUGACGCGGUGGGGGAUCCAGGGACGCUGGAUGAAACAGGACCCCCGGCGGUGGGGGAACCCUGCUCGAGCCCCUCGGCCAGGACAGCCGGCCCCACAGCCACAGCCUCCCCCUGGUGCCCUGCCGCAAGCCCCCCAGGCCGUGCACACACUGCGGGGAGACACACACAGCCCACCCUUGAUGACCUUCCAGAGCUCAUCUGCCUGAAAACCCUUUUGCUGUGCCUCAGGAUGGAGGAGGCUAAACCCAGAGCACCUGGUGCAGCCUCCAAGACCAGCUUCGACCAAGACACCAGGGAGAGCCGGGGCAGUGGCGUGGUAACAAAAGAGGAAAUACCACCUGUGCCCAGAACCCCCUUCCGUGAACUUCUGAGAUUAGGAGCAAACUCAGGGUCCGGGGACAGGGUGCAGGAAAGGGGCUCUGAGCCACCUGUCUGCAAGCAAUAGUUCUCUCUGGGGCUGGUGGCUUCUGAGAAGAGACUUGGUGUGGACUGAGGUGACCAACACUAAGCUGCCCUGGCUGAUCCCAGCCAGAGGGAUUUGGGGCCGUGAGUUGUACCAUGGUCCAAACACUGAUGUUUCCCCUGCCUCCACUCCCUCCAAUAGCGGCCCCCUUAGGCCUAUCCGUGUCGGAAUAUUGAACUUGAGUGUGUGCGCGCACGUGUGUGAUCAGGGUGUUUCUAUAUGUUCAGUCAGUUAGCUUUUAAUUGAGCCCCAUGGCCACUGGCUGCAGGUUCUCUGAUGAGUACAAGUUGCCAUGUGGCUGAGGAGUCAUGCCCCUGUCCUUGUCUGAGGCCCAGGCCUCUUGCUGUGGCCAGCAACUGUGAGCCGGUGGAGUCCGUAGGCACAGGGCCCAGCCUUCCUGUGCCACAGGCAGUGGGGACUGGAGCAGACCAGGGACGGUUGGUUCUGAUGGAAUCCGUUCCCAUAGCAGCAGUACAGAGGAAGCAUCUUAACUGGCUUUGGGUAGCCUAGGUUGGAUGUGCUGUGUGUGCCUUCACAGCCCCUGGGAGGUGGGGGUGCUAAUGUCAUUGGGAACAGUGCAGCUUGGGGAAGGGUGCCACAUUCAUACGGCAGGAAGGGAUCUGCUCCACAGUUUAGUCCCGGGAUGUCAGGAACCUGAGUCCAGAUUUGGAUUCCCAGGGUGUAACCGACUCCAUAACCCAGGUCCCCCAGUGUGGUCACUGGAGCACGUGCCUGACAUUUUCCCAGUGAGUGCAGCACCUCCACAGCCCAGGUCCUCUGCUAUCAUUGCCAGAGCCUCACCCACAAGCUCGCCCUAGCCACAUGCCUGCUGUGCACCAGGCCAGGCAGCGAUAAGGUCCAGAGGUGUGUGUGUGGGGGGGGGGGGCGCUCUGCGCUUUGCCCUGGAGUGCCACACCUUGGCGGGAGGAAACCACACAGCCAAAAUGAUGGGUCCUGUGGAAACUCAGAACAGAGGGUUCUGUGAAUCUGUCCACUUAAAAUGGUGGUUUCCAAGUAAGCCUGGGUGCCUGUGACAUCUGCCCAAAGAACUCAUCAUCUCUGCUCCAAAGCCACACAAAAGGAAGGACAUCCCCCAGAAGUGACUCUGUAAAUCUCCAGAGGUCACACUGCCAAUGUAGACACGGCCAUCUCAUCCCUGUGAAGGAGGCCAAAGUGUCCCCUCCCCUCAGCCCUGUGGCUCAUUCUUCCUGAAGCUGCUUCCUUGCUUGGUCAGUGCUGUCCCCACAGGGUUGGUGACCUUCCCUCCCCCACACUGUGGAGAACAAUAAGCAAGGGGCAGCAAGGAGGGACAAGCCAGCAUGGGGGUGCCCGUGAAGACCACAGAGGUAUAUCGUGGAGGCCAAGUGGGGCUUGGGUGGUCAGAGAUGUCAAAGCCGGGGUCUAAAUGGAAUCUAGAAAAGAGGAGUGUGCCCAGGCAAGCGGCAGCCAAGCCAAAGGCCACAUGCCUGUCAGGUUCCUGGAAGUAAACAAUCCAGGAUGGCCAGGAGUGGCAGAGGUGAAGGGAUAGAUCCACGUGCUGAUCUCUGUGGUGACCGUAAUGGCGUACACACACAAUGCUUCACCAUUGAUAAUGCUGUGAUCUAGGACACAAAGCUCUUUCCACUCUGGCUGGCUCUUCAUUCUUCAGCCCACACGAGGGAGGGAUGGCCCAAUUUGUAGACAUGGAAGCUGUCAUUCUGAUGGCUCUAGAGGCCUAUUGGACCUUCUGGCCUCCGUCUCUGCACCCAGCCUGUUUUUCUCAGACACACUACUGUGUUCUGCACACACCCCGAAGAGCCUAUGCUUGGAUCUUGAUUAAAGAUGGGUGUGGAUCCUCACCCACAUCCUAGGGUAUGGGGCAGCCAUCGCCCUGGAGGGUUCUUAGCAGUGGACUGGCUGAAUCAGGCCACACUUAAAGCCCCUAGGCAGAGCCUCUGCAGGGAAAAGGAUCCUGGGAUGCAUAAGAUAAAGAUUCUGAUAGCACAUGAGCAGAGUGAUCACAGGCCCUCCUGCCUCAGUUUCCCCAAAACUGAGAGAAAGGAGUCAUACCAGGUGUUGAGGCAACUUCUGGUUUUGGGUGGCUCUGGGUGACACUCUUGCAGCUGCUUGCACAGGGCUUGGAGCUACUUCCUCUAUGAAGCCUCCUUCCUCAGACACAGGAAGGGUCAUGGCCAUGCAGACAGCAGGAUACUGGGUGGGCAUGGAGGUCCCCAUCAGAGGCCUCUUAGGGAAUAGCUGAAGGUCCCCAUGAAGCUUCUGGUUGGGGUCUGCUGGGAUGCAUCUCUCAUGUAUGUGUCUGAGGCUAAGAGUCUCGACACUGUCUAGGACACAGGAGUCCUCCUAUCCACAGAGGACAACAUAGCCUUUGAUUUAGAAGUCCCUGGGCACUCUGCUCUCUCCCGGUUGGUUGACCCUGGCUCACCCCCUGGCUCACCCACCACCCAACCUCUCUGAGCCUCCUCUCUUCACUUGGCAAACAGGGGUUAGAGGUCAGGGUCUUACCCAAUGCUGCCUCCAGAGCUACUGGAGGCAGGAUCUACGGCCAUGUGGGUGUGAGAGCCCAGGUGGGCUGCAGGACCCCAGGUGGCCAUGAUGAAAAUCUGUCUCCUGCCCAUGGUGUCUGUGGGUGACAGAUGUGCCAAUUAGUAGCAUGUCCUAAAAGGACACAGAGUAGAGACAAGGUCCCGAACAGUUGUUGAGCUGUGUCUCUGCCAAGCUUCCCAUUUGUCUCUUCCAGCUGCAUCUGUCCUCAUCUUCCCAUGAGGCUGUAGUACAGGCCUGCAGCAACAAGUAGCCACAGGAAGCAGAGAAGCUGCAGACACUGUGUGCUCAUGGAGGGGCAUGGAAUGUUCUCGUGUCUGCCUGAUUUUUUCCCAGUGGGAACUCUAUGUCCCUAGUGAUCAGUGUUAUGCCCUGUCCUGUGUGCUCUGGAGCCUCCAUUCAGAACUCCUCCCUGGUUGGCUGGACUCACCAAGGAAAUGGCUUGCUCAUCCCAUGUGGGAGUGGCCAAGCAUCUGAUGGUGACUGUAACCAGUGUGCAACAGGCCUUAAUCCAAACAGGAGCACGUGUGCACACACACACAAACACACACACAUGCACGCGUGUGCAUACA